GCGCGGCGGGGCGCGGAGCGGCGCGGCGCGGGGGCGCAGCAUGAGGGCGCCCCCCCCCCCCCGCCGGCCGCCCCAGCGCCCCCGCGCCAUGGAGGGAUUCGCCGCCCGCGGCUACGGCACCGGCGGGACGGACAACCGGCCGCUCUUCGGGGAGACCUCGGCCAGGGACAGAGUCAUCAAUCUAGUUGUUGGCGGCUUAACAUCCUUGCUGCUUGUAGUCACUCUAAUCAGUGCUUUUGUCUUCCCGCAACUACCUCCAAAACCUGUGAAUAUAUUUUUUGCUUUCUGCAUCUCCUUGUGUUGCAUUUCUGCUGGCAUACUUAUCUACUGGUAUCGACAAGGAGACCUGGAACCUAAAUUUAGGAACCUAAUUUACUAUAUUUUAUUUUCUAUCGUCAUGUUAUGUAUAUGUGCCAACCUGUACUUCCAUGAAGUGGGUAAAUGAUGGAUGUUGGGGAUACCCAGCAAUGAUGCUACUGUGUCAGACUGCUUUCAGCUCAGCCCAAGACAUUUAAGUGAGGACAAUCAGCCUGAGAGGAAAGAAGUGGGUUGUGCAAGGAUAAAUCAGUACAUGAUUUUCAUGUAAAUGUAUAUGUAAUGUCCCUCUUGUUGGGGAGAAUUAUUGCCAUAAGACAUGACAUUCUGCUUUUUUUUGAAGAGCUACUGUUG